GCAGGCAGUCUGCUGUCGCGCCGGAGCGACACACACACAUUCACACGCUCUACACACUCUCGGAGCUAUAGGAGCUUCUCUGCGCGCGCGAGGAUGGAGCAGGAGCGGCGCGCGCUCUCCCGCGCCCUGCAGUAAGAGGAGGAGGGAGCUUUAACACUUCUUCACAUCUGGACCCUGAAGAGUUCUCCUCGCGCCGUGUGGAUUUUACGCAGCCGGGGCGCGCGCGUGCCCUCACCGCGCACACGGGAUGCCGUUCUCGAAGCGCGCGGUGGAGCCGCGCUGCGUGUGGCGGAGUGAGCGCGAGGAGCGCGAGCAGGAGCGCGAGCGGGGCUCGAGCCCGGACCGCGACCUGCGCGCGCUGUGCGGGGCGGCUCUCGCGCGCACUCUGCGGCAGCUGGCGGACGUGGCCAAGCACGCGGGCUCCGUGUUCGAGGAGCUGGAGGAGGAGCUCGCGCGCACCGAGCGCAGGCUGAGGAAACUGCGCGAGACAGCGGGCAGGGUGCAGCGGCACGUGGGGCAGCUCGAGGCCAAGCAGGAGGCAGUGCCUGUUUCGAAUUUGGACGUUGAGAGUAAGCUGACUGCUCAUUAUCAGCCAGUGUUUCACCUGCAAAGGAAUGUGUUUCUCCCGUCCACUCGGCCGGCCUGCGUGGAGGAGCUGCAUCGAAAUGCCAAACAGAGCCUGCAAGCACUGUACAGAGAUCAGCAGCAGAGACAAGAAGUGUGUGAAAGAGAGCGGAGGGUGACUAUCUCUCUGUCGGUGGCUCCGCCCAUUCCCUCAUACCCCUCCCCCCAGACCCUCAGGAACCAGGAACACCUCCACACGGAGGAGGAGGAGGAAGAUGAUGAUGAUGAUGAUGAUGUGAGGGAUGCAGCAGUGCAGGUAGCAAGCACACAGUUUGAGAGUCCCAGAUCCACCACCCCUACUGAAUGUUGCCAAUUCUCCAGAUGGAGCAGAAAGGCUGUGGAUGACCCAGACUCUGAGGGCGUGGCUCUAGGCCACCGGCCCAAGGUCCCCAUCCCUAACGUGCCCACCACACUGGAUAAACAGACCAACUGGAGCGGAACACUGCCGCUGCCCACCCCUGAGGACAGGAUGAAGAUCCACUCGCAGGCCGUCAGCUCCUGUGUCAUCCCCAUCAACGUCACGGAGGAGGUCUCCAUUGCGGCGCCUUCCUCCGCGAUUUCAGCCUUUCUCAGGGUCGGAUUUGACAGAGAAGCCAGUGUGCGCUGCUCGCUAGUCCAUUCGCAGUCCGUGCUACAGAGAAGACGGAAGCUGAGGAGACGGAAAACCAUCACAGGCAUUCCCAGACGAGUGCAGCCAGACUUAGAUUCUGAUGAGUCUCCAGUGGCUAGAGAACGCACAGUAAUCGUGAAUGCAAGUUCUGACACUUGCCCGGAGGACCUCAUACUCGCUCGUCUUAACACUAGGGACUCUGGAUGCCAGACAGAUGACCUCUUGAUAGUAGCUUCAGCACCGUCACGUAGACGGAUCCGAGCUCAGAGAGGCCAGAGUGGCGUUUUGCCUCUUUCCCAUUCCACAGGAAAUAUCUCUUCACUGCCGGAAAGCUCAGAAACAAUGUUUACCGCCGACAUAGGCUCCCAUUUGCGCUCCCGAAGCCUCCCACGUGAAAGUGGCCGGUUACUUGACGAAGGCCAUGACAACAGUGACGACGAUGAUGAAGAGGAGGAAGAACUUUCCCCAUUUGAUGCAGAAGACUUCCUUGUGGGACCUGGAAAGCACAGUCUGAAAGAUGAAGGAGAAAGCACUGAUGACCAGGUACCGACAGAACGGCAGCUAGGUAGCUUAAAGUUCAAGCAGCGCCCCGAGAGCCCAGAGCAUGUGUGGAUGGAAAGAGGUCGGUCUCGUUUGCCUCGGAAAGCUGACAUGGAUAGUUGUGAGAUUUCAUCUAGCUCUGAUACCUUCAGCAGCCCCAUCCACUCCAAUGCUGGUGUACUAACCAGCCAAAUGGACCACAAGGAUGACCACCAGUCUUCCAGUGGCAACUGGAGUGGUAGCAGCUCCACAUGCCCUUCUCAGACAUCCGAGACAAUUCCCCCGGCAGCCUCACCCCCAUUGACGGGAUCUUCACACUGUGACUCAGAACUGUCUCUAAAUGCGGCUCAUAAUGCCAUUGAAGACCCUACAGGCUUCGUUCUUGAUUCCUACUCUGGGGAAAGGCUUCAAGGUCCCCGGGGUCACAGAACAGGGUCUUUUACUUCCACUGCAACUGACAUGCUGGAUGACGCUGGAGUCAGCACUGCAAGCGAGGGCGAGUGGAGCUAUCCCCAACAUAGGUACAACGCAUCCUGCCAGCAGGAUUUCAGCCCUGGACGCUCUAGAGAAGCGGACGGCUGCCUCGAUUGCCCCAGUUUUACUAGCAUUGCCACGUUGGAGAGCUUAGAUAAGCCUCCGUCUGAAAAGGCUGACACCAUGUCAUACUUCUCUGUGGAUGCUGAAGGCUACUAUACCUCCAUGCACUUUGACUGUGGUCUUAAAGGUAGCAAAAGUUUCACUUACAACUAUGCAUCGGUGGACCAGCAAAGGGAAGAGUACAGAAAUCACACUCUUGGGAGACAUAAUCUCUCUCUGAGGAAACCAAAGGUGAAGCCUGCGCCACCAAAACGUAGUUCAUCCUUAAAGAAAAUCAGCAGCCAUGCUGGACCAGCUCCAGAAACUAAUGAACCAAAGAUAACUGUUGAGCAACACCCACCAAUGUCUUCCAAGGAGAAGAAGUUGCAGUUGGGGUUGAGUGACCUUUAUGAUCAGCCAGAAAGUGAGGAGGCAGUGGAAGCCUGGGGUGUGCAGAGUUCUAGCGAGAUUCCAGAUGUUGCUUCCCUUGGCUCCACAGAUACACACUCCUUUAAGGAUGGGGGAGCUGUGCAGUCUGACUAUGCAGAUCUCUGGCUUCUUAAUGACUUGAAAUCCAACGAUCCCUACCGAUCAUUGUCAAACUCCAGCACUGCUACGGGUACGACUGUCAUCGAAUGCAUAAAGUCCCAGGAAAGCUCAGAGUCGCAGACUUCCCAGUCUGGCUCGAGGGCCACCACUCCUUCACUGCCAUCGGUUGACAAUGAAUUUAGACUGCCCUCACCAGAGAAGCUAGUAGGCCUUGCAUCCCCUUCCAGUGGGUACUCAAGCCAGUCGGAGACACCAACAUCCUCUAUGCCCUCUACUUUCUUCCCAAACCCAAACCCUUUGUCCCCAACUGGUGUAAAGAGGAAACCAAAAGUCCCGGAAAGAAAGUCUUCACUUGCUUCACUACAGCACCGCACUUCUAAAAGAGACCUUGAGCUUCCCAUUAUACCUCCAACUCAUCUUGACCUAAGUGCCCUUCACAAUGCUAACAAGCCUUCAACCCACAGGAACCACAUCCUUCACCAGAACAAACAGAAGGUAGUAGCACCUAAGGCUGAGGCUGGAGCUUCAUCAGAUGCAAGCAUCGAAACUAACAGCACCAGUCCAUUGGUAAUCACCCCAAUGGUGCUUAGUUCAGUGCAGCUACGCUCAGUUGGCAAACCUGGUGAAGGCAACCGUGAUCGGCCUUGUACAGAUGCUUCCACGAGACCCAAGUGCCCCACUGUAACUAUUGUCACUGAGCCCACAAGUAGCAAACUCAACGAGACCAGGAAGCCACCACCUUACAGACCCCUCACCGCUGAAACCUCGUCUCAGGAAAACUGUGAAUUACUAAACACUUCUGCAGAUGGACCAGCGUCUGGGAACUUAGUGAGCCAUCUUGGUGCUAGAAACAGAUAUGACAGGUUAGCUCCAGCACAUCUUUGGAGCAUGACUGCUUUCAGAGCAACAUCUGAGCAGGAGAGCAGGGAUGAGACGACAGCAGAUAUAUCAGAGAAUACAGUUGAUCGAAAGGUACCUGCUGACCAAGAGACAAGCACUUCAGCAGAUUUGUUCUACUCGCAGAGCAGUGUAGAAACAGAAACUGAGGCAAAAGAAGAACACGCAGGGACCGAUCAUCAUGGUAGAGUGAAGACAUCAGACAAAGUGCCUGAUUUUAUCCAUCGAUCAUCACUGGAAUCAUUGCAAAUUAAUCCAAUCAGCAAUGCCAGUAACCAAGUUAAGGAAACCCUGACAUCAGGUGUUCCAACCAGAAGUGCCUCACUGGAAAAUAUGGAAGAAGAGUCAACUACAGACACAGAAGGCUACUUUAGUAAAGAAUCCACACCUAGUGAUUCAGUUGUGUCCCCCCUGAUGGACGAGUCAAAAACAGAUGAGGAUAGCGUUUUCCUUUCUCCUAGUAAAUCCCGCACAACAGAGGACCUCUUUGCCAUGAUACACAGGUCAAAAAGAAAAGUCCUUGGCAGAAAGGAUUCUGGAGAUGCAGCAGUGCGGAGUCGCCUGAGUGCGUCUUCAUCUGGCAACCCUGCCACCUCUCCCAGCACCCCUGUUACGCCACCAACUCCAACCAGCUCCCAGCGGACCCCAGGCCAAAUUUACAGGAGUGCCAAAAAGUCCAAUACCUCCAAUGAGGAAUUUAAACUGCUGCUGCUGAAGAAGGGAAGUCGCUCUGAUUCCAGCUAUCGCAUGUCUGCCACAGAAAUCCUAAAAAGUCCUGUUGCAUCCAAAAGCUUCAGCGACUCCCUGUCAGAGAGUUUCAAACAACCCGAGGAGCUCUCCUCUCCCAUGCAGCUGCAGUCUCCUGAGGGAACCCCAGAGCAUUUGCCAAGCCCCUUCCCAAAAGUCAGCGUGGAGGGGUUCUCCACAAAAGCCUUUGGUUCUUCCAGACAAGGCCGUUCAAGGAUACCACCAGCUGCAAACAGCAGUCGGUACAGUACACGCAGCCGACUGUUCACGGCACCCAUGCAAGCAAUUUCUGAGGGAGAAACGGAAAACUCAGACGGAAGUCCCCAUGAUGAUCGUUCCUCUUGAAAAAAAAAAAGCACCUCCUCCUAUCAGCCACUAAACAAGAACCAGAAAUCCCUUUGAACUUUUAAAGAAAAUGAUAUAUUUUAACCUGCUCCAAGUUUAUACCCUUUUGUAGCCCAUUGUUCUUGUUUCACACAUUUUAUGUAUGACUGGGACAUGUUUUACUAUCGAUUUUUGAAACUGACAUUUCAAAUUUGACCAAGUAUGAUAUCAAAAUAUCAUACAGUUGUCUGAUAGAAAUAUGCAGUACAUCACUCCGCCACUAAUGUGUAUUGUAACUUAUUGCAAAUAGCGAAUUAAACUUAAUAUGUAUAAACGUAUAUGGGCAUUAAGUAAUAAACGUACAUUAUUAGGUGAGUACGUAAGCAAGUGUCCAUAGUAGAGAAUCCUAGGACAAUCAAAUAGUGGCCUUUUACAGUGCUUGUAGUAGCAGUGAUGAGUCGGCUUAGUGAACAAUAUAUUUUAUAAAGAAUAUUUCAGAAAACAAAAAACAGUCCAGAACUCAUGUGUUUGGAAGUUUCAUGGGUUUACACGUUUGCACUUCUUUUUCGAAUUUUAGAAAAAAAAUAACAAAAUAUAAUUUUAUAGUAAAAUUCUGUAAAAAAAGAAAAAAAAAGAAAAACUAAAUUAGCGUUGUAUGCAAAAACAGAGAAGCAGAAUAUUAUAAUGCACAAACUAGUAAUUUAUCAAGUAUAGCAGCUUAAUCAGCACAGAUCAGUAAGCAGACAUUUUUUUUCAUUGCAGACAUUUUUUUUAUUGCUGCUCAACAGUCCCUCAAAUAUAUCAAAUGUAUUUGCCAUGUUUUGUUGCACAAUAAGGCGCACUAUCAAAAAGUGUAUAUUUUCUGGUCCAUUUUAAUACUUAAGGUGGACUGUAUUCUAAGGCGCAUUAUAAAACACUAGUAAGGAACAGAGGUGUCGCCAUUUUUUCCUUCUAAUUCAGCGAGUGUUGAGACCUGUAAAGCUAAGUUAAGUAAACAAAACUGUAGUUUGUACAAAAAACAUUUUCUUUUAAAUUCAAACGAGUGCUAAUCUACACAGAUUUCUCACCUGAAAACUGUUUAUUUGGGAGAGUAGAGCGCCGACAGUAAAGCUGACAGUGCUACACUGAGGAACCCUGAGUGCAGGGCGAUUUUAGCUAGCGGUUCAUCCCGCUAGCUUGUUUUAACAAGAUAAACACACAGUUUAGUGGGUAAUGCUCGUGCUGUGGUUAGCGGGUAAUGCUAAUGCUGCUUCAGCCGUACUAGCCGGGGUUAGCAGUAGGCUACAAGCCGAUAAUACCAACCUCUGAAUUGAAAAAAGCUAGCGCUUAGCAUAGUUAGCAGCUAAUGCUAAUGAUACUCCAGCCCCGUUGCUGGGGAACUAAACUGAAACUCCUGUACAAUGCUGUACUUUAGCAAAGUGGCUUUACUGCUCCUUACAACCUGACUGGUAAAAUUCAUAUAUAUAUACACAGGAUUAAAAGGCGCACUGAUGAUUUUUGAAAAAAAUAAAGGAGUUUAAGUGCACCUUAUAGUGCGAAAAAUAUGGUAAAUAAAGUCUUCAUUUUUCAAAAUUGGAGCUUAGCUAACAGAGUAAAAAUUAAUAUUAUAUAAAACUAUGUUUCAUAAAAAUGGCCCAGUUACCUCAACCAGCCUCCUUAUCCACAAGUAGCAGUAGGUAGUCAUGAAUUAUUUAAUAAUUCAAGCAUUGCUAAUCUCCAUUUUUUGUAAUUCACUUUUAACAUAUUACUAUUAACAAUUUUAACUUAUAAUUAUUGACAUAAAGUCAAGUGGACCAAUAGAAAUGCUCCAAAAUGACUUGGAACAUUUUUUAAUUUAAUUUGAGUUAAGAAGUUUAGAUUUGUUUUCCCUUCUGCUGUAAAGUUGGUAUUUUAGAGAUGCAAUGUUCUGGUUUUGAUGAAUUCAGGCUUAAAUACAGAAAUAUGUAGAUAAUUAAAUAUAUGCACAUGUUAAUUAGCCCAGGCCAGAAGCACAGUCGGUAGUACAAAAGUAUGAAUCAAUAAUUAACACAUUAAUUAAUAGUCAUGAAGCCAGUUAUGAUCACUUGUUAAUCACUGUGUUCAGUAGUGUUUAGUAUAGGUCAGUAGAGAUUGGGUAUCAUUCAGACUACUUUUUUUUAUACCAACACUAGUUUCUGAAUGAUACUACAACUAAUUUAUGAAUUACUUAAUUACACCUAAAAGUGGGUGUGGCUUAGAUCACACAUGAGAGUAAAGUGGAGAAAGUGGGAUUGUUUACUGACUGUACUGUACUGACUGUACUGUUACUGACAAAAAAAGACAAAAAGCACUAAUGUUGUUUACAGCCAGAUGUUAGCACAGCCAAUCAGCUAUUUCGAUCUCGAAUGUGAAAUUUAGUAGCGAAUAAUACAGAAUUUUUUAAUUUGGAGUACUGCAGUAAUAAACCAUAAACCCUUCGAUUCCAAAUCUACCCUUAAUGUGUGUUUAAACAUGAGUGUCUUCAAGGCUACGUUCACAUUACCAGGCUGAAGUGACUCAAAUCUGAUUUUUUGCUCAAUGUGGUUCAGAUCUGAUUUUUUUAUGGCUGUGUGAAUGUGCCAAAUCCGAUUUUUUCAAACCAAAUUUGAGGCACUUUCAUAUGUAGUCCUAAUCAGAUACGUAUCUGAUCAUGAACAUGCGACAUGAAUGUAAACGGUCAAAUCAAAUUUCAUGUGUCUUUUUUUUUCUUUUACACAUUAGCAUUAGCACUACAUGCUUCUCUCUCAAACCUACUCAUCUCUUGGUGCAGCUGUGCAGCUAUAGCUGCAAAAAAAAAACAGCAAAAGCAAACUGCCUGGCCUUUUUUUUAUCACCUCCUCGAUGCUCUACAUAUGAGCUGCUAACAAUUGCAUCCAUUUCCCUUUAUAAAGUUACGAGUCGUCUCUCAAAUAUAACGUUUUUCGUUGUUGGUUGUGAAUAAGGCGAAAUUUUAACACGUAUCAAUGUGCCAGAUUUGUUCACAUUACAAACAGAUACAGGUCAUUUACAUUUGCGAAUGUGAACCGUCAAGAUAGCCAAAUCUGAUCUAAGCAAAAAAUCAGAUUUUAGCAAUAUGGCUUGCGGCUUGAAAUGUGAACGUAGCCUAUGUUGGAACAGUUUGGUAGUUUUUUCCCCUAGUGGCCAUUUACAUAACUGCAUGCAGUGAAUAUCCAGGCACAGUGGUGACCGUUUAUUACAAAAUAAUGUGUUUGUGGUCAAAAUAUCGUCACUUGAAUUUGUCUUGCACAUAUGUGGAGUGACUGUGACAUUACUUUGUGUGUGGUCCUGUCAAAUCCGUGAUUUCUCCUUCCAAACAAGUCGGUAUAUGUUCAGUUCUUGGCCUCUUGUUUGGCGUGAACCUUCAGAAACGACGGACAAAAGCAACAAACAGCGGGAGAAGUGGAGCGAGGUUUAAAAAUACAGUGCAGAAGGAUAGAUUUUGGGUCAGGCUUUACAGAUGUGCGGGAGGAAGAAGCAGGAGUUUAGACUGAUUCUGCAAAGUUGAGAAGGAAAGGAGGAAGAUUCAGAAGUGGUUGAAGCGACAGGUUUGAGAGGAAGGAAAAAGCCUUUUGGGAUAUGCAGUGAAUAUGAUGUGAUGCAAGACUGAGGGGGUUCAAAUCCCUAAAAGUUUAAACAAACUAAGGUGUAAAGUCAUGUCUGAAUGAGAGAUAAAGCAAGUCUUCAGUGUAGGUUUCUCUAAGUGUUUAGAUGGACGUUUUUAGACAGUUUCGUUCUUGUUUUUGUGUCGUCUCGAUCAUUUAUCAUUAAAUGACUGAUUAAUCAAUACUAUCAUUUAAGCCAAGGAUACGCAGUUUAAGUCCAAAUGGCGGUUAAUGUCCAAAUGGUUAGUUUGGUGGUUUCCUUAAUAUGAGACACUGGAUACGGCUCAAGAGAUAUAUCCAUUGGAAGGUUUAGAAGGCGCCUCAGAUCCAAGCUGUGCUGGACACCCAUACUUGAAGUAGGGAAUGAGAAUUGAAGAUCUGAUGGAUUGGUCACUAUUUGGGAAUUGAGAAUCGCAGAAAAACUUAUGAAGCUCAUUGAAGAACAUUUUGAACUAAACAUACAGCUCUGGAAAAAAAAAAAAAAUAAGAGAACACUUAAAAAUUAUGAGGUUUGUCUUUGAUUUUAGAUGGAUGAUCACAAGCCAUCACACCAAGCUGAACUGCUUGAAUUUUUGCACCAAGAGUGGCAUAAAGUUAUCCAAUAGCAGUGUGUAAGACUGGUGGAGGAGAACAUGGCAACUAAACUUGUUUUCUUUGCAUUAUUUGAAGUCUGAAAGCUCUGCAUCAUUUUUGUUAUUUCAGCCAUUUCUCAUUUUCUGCAAACAAAUGCUCUAAGCGACAAUAUUUUUAUUUGGAAUUUGGGAGAAACGUUAUCUGUAGUUCAUAGAAUAAAACAACAAUGUUCAUUUUACUCAAACAUAUACCUAUAAAUAGCAAAAUCAGAGAAACUGAUUCAGAACUGAAGUGGUCUCUUCAUUUUUUUCCAAAGCUGUAUAUCUCCUUAUUCUCUUUUCAUUCUUGGUACAAAGUAAAAAGAACCUAAAGCAGAACCUUGAGAAGAUAAGACUAUGGCUAACUAUAAAAUUUUAGGGCCAGAUUUUAAGGAUCACAAAUUUUAUUUAUUUAGUUUUUUUAACAUUAAAUGUUUUAUCAUCAGAUGAUGAAGCUUUAUUGAAGUGAACACUGGUGCAGAACACAAAUGUUAACCACUUUAGAGGAAAUUAUAACAAUGUAACAACGGUAUAAGCUAAUUUUAAUGGUCCUGUUAAAUCACUAUGUUUGGACUGCAGACCACAAGGGUCGACUGGACUGAUCUUGUGGUUUAAAAUUGAGCUAAAAAAAACAGUGGCUGAAGAAAAGGUGCAGGAGAAAGGCACUCAGGCCUUGUUCACGACCGGUGUCAACAUCCAUCAAAUGAUAUGAACACAGGUGGGCUGUAAAACAUUAAUAAAUUAGAUGUUUGAGAGUGAAAAAGAUCUAAAGAAUGAUUUUAAGGUUCUUCACAUUUACUCUGUUAAUCUCUGUUACAAACAUGGUUCUUUAUUGACCGAAAAGUGGUUCUAUGGCAUUGCUAAGGGAUCGUUUGAUGCAGUUGAGUUUUUAAAGGUGAAAAAUGUGGAUACUGUACUAUACUAUAAUAAUAGAAGCAUAUCACAAGGGUGCACUUAAAUCAAUCAUAAAUCUAAUACAACUCAAUAAUUUCACAAUAUAUUACAAAGUAUCAACAUGAAAAUCUGAAGAAAAAACUCAAAAAUGUGGACGAUUUAUUACAUUAUCAGCCAAGUUCUUCCAAUACUGGAUUUUCUUCUAUUUUGACUGAUUUUAGUGCACAAAAAAUGUAUCACAUUUCUUUGUGUUUUUACAGUAUUGAGCAAUUAUAACAUCAUUAAAUGCUACAUGCUGUUUUUUUUUUAAUACUGUAGAAUUAUUGAACCCUGUUCGUGUCUUCAUGUGUUCACAAUGUGUGCUCCCAGCUUAUGACCACAUCAGACCAGACCAGAUCCAUAUGUGUAUGUAAACAGGUGUGAACAGGGCCUGACUGUCUAAGUGGAUUUUUUUUUUACCGGUACAUUUACACUUUAUUUAUAAGCUGGUAAAUUAUUAAAACUGCCAGCAGGCAGACACGAGUACAAAGGGAACAAGGUGAAGGCAGUUAAAGUUCUACAUAUCUGACUGUGGCGUUGUGACUUCCAGAGCUGGUUUACUGUCAGUUUACACUGAAACCGGUUCACACAAAGGGGUGCAGUGGAGGUACCAGAAUCAUUCCAACAAAUGUAAUCGUGGUAUUGCACUGAUAUAGUGGAUUAUGUGAAGUGUAUUUUGUCUUAUGCUGUACCUGAAACUAUUUAUAGAGGAUUUCUACACGAGACUGUUUUUAAAUGCAUUUGGAAAACAAACAAAAACAAAAUUAAAAUGAAUUAAAACUAGAUUUUUAAUCUGUUCAAAUCUACAUUUGUGCACCAAAUAAAAAGUGUAGGAGUUAAACUGGUGCACAAACUCGUUGAAUUCCACCAUUUCACCAGUAGUCACUUUUCAGUGAGGAAGACGAGGGUCGUGGUGUUCGGUCUCUGUACUGGUACGAGUUGCGUCUCGCUCCGAACAAGCAGUAAAGCAUCAGUUUUGUAUGUUUUUGUACAGAUUUGUAAAUAAUGACCUUUUUCAAAUGUACGAUGAUGUUUCUUUGGUAAAAAAUAUAAUGAUUUCAGAAGUUUACAUUAAUUACAAGCCUUUGUAUAUAUUUUUGAGCUGUCUGAGGAUGAGUCUUGUAUUUAUUUUUAGUAAACUUGUUGGAGAAUCCUGUUGUACAUUUUCCCUGAAGCUGUCUGACAGCUUAGUCAGUGUGCAUAGAGGAGGCCAAUAAAUGUGACUGCUUUGGAAAAGAAA